AUGGGGCAGAAACAAUCUUUGAACGAUUUACUGCGCCAGUACAUUUAUAACCGCGACAAUGAUGGUCUGACGGAAUUUCUCCGCGUCCACGAGGCAGAGCUCGGUGCGGCUUGCAUAGAUGAAGUCAUUUACGUUGAGCUUAUUGGGCGGCAGUGGGACUCAAACACGAUUUACCGUUUUGCCAAGUUUGCUACCGACAAACAUUUGGCGGUACUCAUAGCUACCGCCGUACUUCACGGUCAUGUGGUGCAGCUUGCCCCUCUUUUUGAGUUGAUGCGGGACCGCAAGCGGACUAUUGAGGAGUAUCACCUCAAACAUUUGUUUUUGACGGCCUGCGAGCGAGAGAACGUGGACGCCGUCCGCGCGUUUAUUGCAAAUAAGUGCUUUGACCCGUCGGAUCGACGCCCUGUUCGGGCUGUGUUGCGUGCACAACUGAGUAAGUCGGCCGUGAAUGAGGAGUUGGUGAAACUGGUUUUGGCGGCUCACCCGCUGCAGACGGACAACGUGGAAUACAUCCGCAAUGACUGCCUUGCCACCGCCAAGAGCGAUGGUGUUCGCAAAGUUGUGGAUGAACUUCUAUUUAACUAUAUACCUUAA